AUGGCAGACCGGAAUCACCACUGCCAGUAUUCUGCGCCCACAAUCUGCGUGCAAAGUGACACUGCAUUCAACCCAACGCAGCGCGGAGUUACUCGCGUGAAUGCUCCUGCUGACAGCUCAAAGAGCACGUUGCUUGGAGUGUCUCAAGAUUAUGAAGGAGAUAACUUACGGGCCGGUGAGGCUGCGCCUCACGAGGAGAGCACUAGGCUCACGCCUGGUCUGCGGGCGCGGGAGAAGCGCAAUGGCGGCGUGACGGGGACGAGGGCCAGCGGCAAGGCGCGGCGGAGGCGGCGGAGGGAUGGUGGAGGUGAAGGUGGAGGAGCCGCCGAAGCAGCUGAGGCGGCGGGGGCAGGAAAACAUAUUGGUGUUAGUAGUUUUGGUAGUUGCGGGUGUUGUGCGUUGAUGAAUCUUGCAAAGGAGAGCCAGUCACGCGCAAGUAGAUAG